AUGGCCUGCUCCGACCUCUGCCGCCCCUGCGGACCCACCCCGCUGGCUAACAGCUGCAACGAGCCCUGUGUCAGGCAGUGCGAGGACUCCCGCGUCGUCAUCCAGCCUUCCACCGUGGUGGUCACCCUGCCAGGACCCAUCCUCAGCUCCUUCCCCCAGAGCACCGCCGUCGGAUCCUCCUCAUCGGCUGCCGUGGGCAACGUCCUCAGCUCCCAGGGAGUGCCCGUCUCCUCCGGAGGCUUCGGCUUCGGCUACGGCUUGGGCGGCCUGGGCUGCUUCGGCGCCGGGAGAGGCUGCUACCCCUGCUAA